ACACUCAUAUUUAUUAAGCUACAAAUUUUACUCAAAUGCAAAUUUUCAAAAUAUUUUACAAAAUUGUAAAUUGUAAUUGCUAAAUUGUGGAAACUAGUGACGAAAACUCAUUCUGAAUUUUAAGAAUUGACUAAUAAAAAAAUACUAUUAUGCAGCCUUUAAAACAGAACUAUUCGUUCGACAUCAUUGUGACUAAAUCAAGUCUACAGCCCAACGAUGCCCAGGAGAGUACUAAUCCGUUCAAGUAUUGUAUUCGGCUUUUUAACAGUUCUAUAGAUGUGCCCCCAAAUCGACUGUUCGUUAAGCAUUUUCCAUCUUCCUCAUUGGGAGAGUUCGUUGCGAGUCCCUGUGAGCUCGUCGGUUCUCUCAGCGAAAGGGGUAUUAGCGUAACCAUAUACGAGAAUGACGAAAUGCUCGGUUGCGGCAACUGCAAGUUAUCCCCGUCGCUCCUGCGCAGGCUAGCAGAUCAGACAUUCAGUGUCAAUGAGGUGGUCCCUGUCCUGUUGGAGAAUAACAAGAAGCGUGUAGCUGAACUAGAUCUUAAUAUCAAAUUCAGCUCUACCCAGCCAGAUCUUGACACUCGCUUAUUGCCAUUUGGUUGUUAUGAUGUAUGUCGACCGCUGGACAAGUCAGUCAAUCCGCGUGACGUCAUUUUCACCUUGGGACGCUCCCACAGAUGCGCGGCGACGACGUGCAUCACAGACGAGCGCCUGAUGUCUCAUGCCGGAGCACCCUUCACCUGCAUGCACAAAAAGAUUGAACCAACUGGUAAGGAAUGUAGUUGCAUGGUAAAGGGCGUUAAGCCGCCACCAGAGCUGGAUGCCGCCAAGGAGCAGGAGCGUAAGCUGCUCAAGAAGCUGCUCGUCGAUCUGGAGAUUGACAAGGAGAAAGUGCCCACGCCACCGUCUGGAUAUGAGCGUUCCCGCCAAUACAAACGCCGCAAAGGCCACUCGAGCAGCGGUAGCAACUCGUAUCAUUCCAUCGACAGCUGUUUGGAUCCAGAAGUGAGGGAUGAGAGACAGAUACAGGAGUUGGAACUGGCACACAAACACGCACUGGGCGAGUGUCCAGUAAUUAAAGCACCGAAAGUGAAUGGCGUCAAGUAUACGCCCCCACAGAUCUGUCCGGUCUGCCAAGCGAACAUCACCUGGCUGCCCAGAGUCUCCGCCUGUCCCUACUGUGGCUACAAGCACUACGAGAUGGAGCCGGACAGUGAGCAGCCCUUUGAUGAGACGGCCACAGCUGCAGAGAUUGUGAACAAUCACUUUCUUAAUACCCGUGGCGAACAAAAGCGUUCCUCAUCUCCAUUACCUGUCAGUCUGACGUCCAAGGAGUGCACCUGUAAACAGGUUCAACGUCUUUGCACAAGAUGUCGCGUUCAGGAACUAUGCAGCACCACCAAGCUGCAAUCGAAACUGCAGCCCAAGUCGGAGACAGUGAAGAAGGCGCCAUCGACGACAUCGCAACGAUGCAAGGAGCUGGUGAAGAUCUUUACAGAGAUGCGUAAUUUUUACAGCGACAAGAAGCUGGAUAACAAGGCGAUGACUGAUAAACUCCUCAAAGAUUGCGACAAGGAGUGUCGCAAGGGCGCGAAGAAGAAGCGCCAUCGGCACACAUGUGUCAUGAAGAAGGCGCUCAAGGAUCUGGAGAAAAUCUAUCCGAGUAAAAAACCAAAAGCGAAAAGUCAAAAGAAAAAAAAGCGACGUGUUAAAUCAAAGCGAUACACGUUUCUUGUGCGCAAGGACAAUCUUCGACCAGAGGUAAAAACGCAUCACAGUUGCGCUCGUGAGUUAGGCAGGGUGCCCUGCCACAUGGGUUGGCUGUGGACCGCGAGCGAGCUGGGGCGGCACAGAUGCUGGAAGCCCGGUGCCAUCAAGAAACCCAUACGCGAGAUAAUGGCCUAUUUUCUGAGGGAUUAUCCGGCAGACAGAGUCGUCCAGUCACGCUUCCAUUACCGUCGCCAGCUGAAUCAGAAUGCGGCUGAUAACAAGGAACCCCUAAUUCAGCAUCCCACGCUGCACAUAACCAAGCAUCGUGAUGAAUAUGUCGUCACUCUCAGACCUCUCAAGGAACCCAAGACGCUAGCUAAGGCCGCCAAUCCGUAUGAGAACAUGAAACCAGUUGUCUUUCGCAUCUGCAAGGAUCCAAUUGCCAUGGGAAAACGGAACAUCAAGCUGGCUCUCAAAGAGCGGGGUUAUCCUGUGUGCACCUGCAAGCAGACAGUUUCCAAGUGCCACUGUCGCAGUCAUAUCGAUAAAAAGAUCUUUGCCCAAGAUGUGAAGAUGCUCAGCGAGGAGCAGGGAUGGACAGACAUAGGCGACACCUUCACCUACUCCGAUCUCAGUGAUAGUGACAGCGAUGACGAACUGGAAUUCGGAGUUACUCCACCGGCGGGUAUCGUUAAACCUGAGCGUCUCAGGAAACCCGAUCGCGUUAACUGCGAGACGCAGUACAACGAGAAUGACUGGGCCAUGCCCACCAUGUAUCCCCAUCCGGCCAGUGCCCUGGUACAGUACGGCGGCUGUGUAACUGGGGAACGCAAGAAUCGCUUCCCUUGGAUUCUGGGCAAGGGCUAUGUGCAUCGGGAGCCCAAGCCAGCCAAGAAGAUUAACAAACCAAAACAGAAAAAGAAAACGAAAUCGAGACUCAAGGGUGGUUUUGACGGUGCUUUCCAACAUGAAUACACUCAGUAUUCAGAUAUACAGCAACCCACAAAUGAUUGGCACAGGUCAAACCAAGAGCCAAGUCACAAAUUCUAUAAUUAUAAUAAUGGACCGAUGCAUAUUUAUUGAAAGAAAAUUAACCAAAAAUAUGUUUUGUCAAAUUUGAAAAAUCCACAUAAAAAGUUUGUAUUAGCUCCAUUUUAACCAUGAAAUUAGAUGUGGCUGGAUUAAAUGGUCUGUGAUUUUAAUAUAA